CUCUAUCUUCGUGUUUUUUUGUACUCUACCUUAUAUUCCUUCCUUGGAGGUUUUCUUAGGAAUUUUCAUGGUGUAAGGUUGUCAUGAAUGUGACCUAGGAAAUGACGGAAGUCACAAGCCCGAGCUGCAUGCAUAAGAAUCUGUCCGCCAACUCGGUUUAGCUGGCCGGAACUUUGCUUUUACUGUCGACGUUGUCACAGCAGUUGAACUGCGUGGCACAGCAAGAAUUUCCUGAAGAAGGUCUUCCGAGGCAGUUCAAAUGCGUGGAACGCUGCUCAGGAUCGUCACCGGUUUCGGAAUAUGGGAGCUAUGGGACUGCAACACACCAAUGAUCUGCAUGGUCUACCGAGUCUGCUUGAGAUUUGCACACCAUUCAAAUAGUUUGGUUAUGACCUCUGUUUUCGUCGAAGAUUUCAAGUCCAUCGAGCCGACGUCCAGGAAUGUGGUUCAGGACAUUGAACGGACAAAGAGCAGAGUAACACAUCUCUUUCUUUCUGGUUCGAGCCCAGUUUUCGGCGAAACAAUCCGACUACAUGUAGCGCUGGACGCACGAUUGACCGCGCUGAUAGGCGUUGAAGAUGUCACGAGGUCAGCGCCAAAUCUUCCUGCUCCUGCCUUUGAUUGCGAUAUGUGUGGCUUCCUGGUUGCAGGGGUCCUCUGCACGAACGUGCACCGUGCAAAAAAGGCUCUCAGUUCAGUCGUGCAAGCCAGUAACGCAAGCAUUCUCAGAGAGGUUCUAUGUAGACUGUGGUGUUUUUGGCUGGCACAGCUGCACACGAUAUCGGGUAAAGUAUCGCACGGUAACGCUAUGCACAUACGUGUGGCAAAACUAUACCGAAUACCAGUGCUGUCCUGGCUAUCAAGGCAGCCCCUGUACACCUGUAUGUAUCCAAACCUGUCACAACAGAGGAAGGUGCUCAUCACCAAACACCUGCACCUGUGCCGCUGGCUGGACAGGAACUACAUGCCAGACACUGUGUCCGACAAGAACGUUCGGUGUUGGCUGCAAACCGUGCCCCUGUCUCAAUGGUGGCUCAUGCAAUAGAUUCUCUCUCUCGCCGACAUGCACAUGUACUCCAGGAUGGAGGGGCAGUACAUGCGGCUGGCGCUGUGACGCUGCACACUACGGACAGAACUGUGCCUCGCCGUGCCAGUGUCGUAACGGUGCCACCUGCAAUCAUAUCAACGGACAAUGCACGUGUCGGCCAGGAUGGAUGGGAACAAGAUGUGACACACCGUGUGCUAGUGGACAUUACGGUCAGAACUGCGCUUUGCCCUGCGCCUGUCAGAACAGUGCGACCUGUAGUCCAGUGGAUGGGCACUGCACCUGUGCGCCCGGGUAUAAGGGGUCGCUGUGCAAUGAGACGUGUUUGCCAGGUACACACGGUGCAGGCUGUGCAUUUCAGUGCCUCUGUCAGCACAAUGCUACCUGUGAUUUUGUCAACGGUAACUGCUUAUGUGCACCGGGGUAUAUUGGAAAACUUUGUGAAAACACAUGUCCCUCCGAUCAGUAUGGUGACCAAUGCUCCCAGGCAUGUCAGUGCUCUGCAAACUCUACGUGCAGUCCUAUCGACGGUUCGUGCAACUGCAGCGCCGGCUGGAGGGGCUCGCUGUGCACUCUGGCAUGUCCUCGUCAUACAAACGGAACGCUCCACUGCUUGACAUCCUGCUCGCACAUCUGCUUGAACGGCGGAACUUGCAACGAGUCCAUUGGUGAAUGCAUUUGUGCACCAGGAUUCAAUGGAACGGCAUGUCAAGAUGCCUGUAUACCAGGAACCUAUGGCACAGGCUGUAUGGAGGUCUGCGAGUGUACGAACGAAGCUAAUUGCUCCGAUAUCGACGGUUCCUGUUCCUGCCAGCCUGGUUGGCAUGGCGAUAUUUGCAACAUGACGUGCCUGAUGGGUUCCUAUGGUGCCGACUGUUCCCAGGCAUGCCUGUGCAAGAAUGAUGCUGUGUGUGAUCAUGUGACAGGAGCAUGUACAUGUGUGGGAAGAUGGCUGGGUGCUCAGUGUCAACAUCUAACUGCGGACAAGGACUCUGAGGUCUCGCUAGUUCCGAUUCUCGCUUCAGCAUUCAGUGCAAUCAUCAUUUUCAUUCUGGCAGUGGUUACAGUAUUGCUAUGGCGACGGAAGAAAGCUUCACGUGCAAGCACCAACCCAGACGAUGAGAAUAUCUAUGGCAAUGUUGUGGUAGUACAGGCAAGACCAGUUCGUCGCCCAUACGAAAAUGCAGGGUUGCAGAUGAAAGAAACAUGGUACUCGCUAGAGCCCCAUGUUCCUGUCCAGCAAGAAGACAUGUCCUCGCUAGAGCCCCGUAUUCCUGCCCGGCGAGAAAGCAUGUACUCCCUAGAGCCCGGCAUUCCUGCCCAGCGAGAAAGGAUGCACUCCCUAGAGCCCGGCAUCCCUGCCCGGCCAGCUUUAAAUCCAACGAUCAAUGAGCUGCAGGAGACCAGCUUGGACCGUUAUGGAGCGGUUGAAAGUGCAUCGGCAAACAUCUCCCACACCGGUGCAUCGGAUGCUGGCAAGGAUGAGUACAUGUACAUAGUCAGUCGGCAUGCUUCAGUUAAAGGGGAACUCUUGUAA